UUAGCAUGUGUAGCUCCGACUGAAGACUGUCCUGCACAUCUACUGAUCAUCUUCCCUGAACCUGCAAGGGACGCAGAAAGUGUUAAACUGAAACAGCCUCCCGGUGUCCCGGUCAACCUUUCACCUACUUUCCCUCUCACACACACUGACAGCUGGCGUUUGUGUUGACGGAGGCGACGCUCGUGGGGAAGAGGAACCCGUUGUCACGAUAUCAGAGAGUUGGUGGCCCUUUUAUAUUUGGAGACAUCGUGCUUGAAGGGAACCAUUCAGAAAUGUGGAUGAGUAAAUUUGCACGUCUGGCCCUGCCUGCUCUUCAGAGGAGCACGUCUGCCAUGGCCUGCCAGGCUCUGAGGGCCUGUCGUGGACCAGGGCGGGCUGCAGGUCCACUUCCCUCUUGUCUGACUUCAGUGCAGCUUCGUGGGCAGCACACACUGGGGUCUGCCUCCGUCCCUUUGGCCAGGCACUCAGUGAGGCACGUCCGGGCUCUGGAUGAAGAGAGGAUGAUGGAGGUGGAGUGGGAGGAUGGAGGCCACAGCCUGUACCCAUUCACUUGGCUGAGAGAUAACUGCCAGUGUCCACUGUGUACUUUGGAAUCGGCUCAGGCCCGGAAACUGUUGAUGUCCAAUCUUGAUAUCUACACAGGGGUUGAUGUUGUGGAGGUCACCAAUGAUAACAAGGUGUCCGUUGUUUGGCCCGACCAGCACACCAGUGUGUUUGACGCAGAUUGGCUCAAGAAACGCUGCUUCUCUCCUGCUGCCAGACAAGCCAUUCAAGAAGAGCUUUUCCUCAACGAGCGUUAUUACUGGGACUCCAAACUGCACAUUCCCACGGCUGACUACCAGGAAGUCCUCCAUGACGAUAAGGCGGCGCUGGCCUGGCUCUUGGCCCUGCGUCGGGUUGGCAUCGUAUACCUGAAGGGGGCUCCGGCAGAGCAAGGCCAAGUGGCGAGACUUGCUGAGAGGAUUGGCUAUCUCAGGCUGACAUUCUAUGGGCACACAUGGCAGGUCCAGGAUAAAUACAUGGCAAACAAUGUGGCCUACACUUCAGGAAGGCUCAGUCUCCAUACAGACUACCCUGCAUUGCACUUUGCACCUGGAGUGCAGUUUCUGCACUGCAUCAACCAGGCCGAGGAGGGAGGGGAGAGCGAGGUGGUGGACGGCUUCCACAUGGCCGAGCUGCUGCAGAGAGAAGACCCAGAGGCCUUCAGGGUGCUCACCUCGCUCCAUGUGGACUUCACCGACACGGGGACGGACUACUGUGACUUCAUGCUGCAGUCCAAGAAGUGCAUCAUCGACGUUAAUCCCGAGGGUCGAGUUCUGAGGAUAAACUACAACAACGCCACCAGAGAUUCGGUGCUGGACGUCCCCCUGCAUCAGGUGCAGCCCUUCUACAGAGCACUGAGGGCCUAUGUGGACAUCAUGAACCGACCAGAGAACGUGGUCACUUACAUCAUGAACCCAGGCGACAUCGUGACCUUUGAUAACUGGCGCCUGCUGCACGGACGGAGGCCGUACAUCAGCAGCCCUGACAGGUUGCGACACCUUGAGGGAGCCUACCUGGACUGGGAUGAAGUCAUGUCUCGCCUCCGGAUACUGCGUAGCUCGGUCCACGGGAACAUUUAAGCUCCACAGCCAAAUUUAAAAAGCUGGAAUGAAAACAGUGCUGGGUGGCUUGAGACUGUGAGCUCAGCUAGAUGUUGCUCUUAAAGCGCUGAGGGCGGAGUGCAAAGAUACUGACGUGUCUGACAACAGGUCGAGAGCUCAGUCUCUGGCUCUGAAGGAGUCAGGCAUGAAAUCAUGAAUUAAGCAACAAUAAUUUACUUUCCAAUAUCUGCAAACUUUAAAUGAUGACAGAAACUUCUCAAACAUGUAACUUAAAGCAACACUUCAAUGCAAUGAUUAUUAUUAUUUACGACACCUUGCUUUUAAAUUAAAAAGGUGGUUUGUAUUCAGUCAUAGUGACAAAUUUUAUAAGCUUAAAUUUAAUGAAAUGGGUUUUAUACAUUUUCUGAAAAUGCCACAUUGUGUUUAUAUUAUGUAAUGUAUGAGUUUUUAAAGCAGGUUCAUUAUUCUCAGUUCUCGAUCUGGCUGCUUGAGAUGACUCCCUGUUGACUGUCUAACAGCUAUAAUCACGUCUGACAUUUGGUUUGAUGAUGAUAUCUGAUGGCAUUAGAGCUCACUGCAGUGUAUAGUAAAGUGCUGAGUGUGUGUAUAUAGAGAGCAGUGAACAUGGGAGUGAUUUCACACAGAGCCCUCAUGUCAAAGUUUCUUCUUCUUAUCUCCUACUACAGUACUGUGCUACCUCUGCUGUUCAACCCUGUGCCUCCUGCCUACACACAGUGUGGUGUCCUUGACUCUUCCUUCAUUCUGUAGAAUUCUGUUCGCAGUAUGUAUGUUGUUCGAAGUAUCUGUUAAUUUAAAGGGUCAGUUGAACAGAAUUACAAAGACACGUCUGCUUCUCUGCUUAACACAAAGUUUGGGAUUCAGUCGCUGCCCACUGAAAACCAGAUCAACUAAAGGAGCCCAUUGAACCAGCUACAGUCCACACUGAGGGAAAAGACUAAGUUGUGUUGAUGUUUGGGUGCACCACAGCGACCUAAGGUUUAUCGGAGCUACUCUUGGUAUUAGGUCUACACACACUGAGGAUGUUUCCAUGCACUAAAUAUUCAGUUUUUUGCCCUGAUUCUCAAAGUGAAAGUAUUCAUCUAUGCUGUUAACAUGGGGAAUAACAAUGAAUAUUCCACUAACGUUCUUGUUAGCCGUGCACACACUGAUUAACGAGCCCUAUCAUGACAUUUGUUGCGUCAAAAUAUUAAAAAGUAGAACACAGACACACUUGCAAACCGUUGGUUAUUUAGUGUAUAAUGUAUCCAUGACAACACACAGAGCCUACUGUAAACAGGCAAGAGGCCGUAAACUGCUGUAAAUCCCCAAGUGUGCCGUGAACAUGCCCAAAGAAGGCACCUAAAACUGGCAUAUCCCAUGUCUGAAUUUGGAAUAUCUGAAUUUAUAAUGCUGUUUACAUGACCUGUAUCAAUUUUGGAAUAUUAUCAUAUUCGGACUUAUAGUGGAAAAUUAAUGUGCAUGUAAACACACUCACUGUGGCAGAAAAAGACAUUUUCACUUCCUGUGGUCGAUUUCUGAAAAUAUCUGUCUAAAACACAAAGGUAGGCGAAUUACCUACAGACGAUUAAUGUCAGAAAUGACCCCUCAAACUAGGCUUCAUUUAAACUUACCCACAGCUGGUGCGUCUCAGUGCUGAGUCAUGCUGCCUGGGUCCAAAUGUUUGCACCCGCCUGCUACACUGACCUGAGUCAUUAGUUUGGUACCAUGACGAUCCAAUGGACUGCGCAGGGGACUAACGCCAUCAAGCAGUGAGACGAGACGCAUCAGUUUGGACUUAACUCUUUGAAACCUGAGCACACUGGCUUGAUUUCAUUCAAAAACAUUGUAAGAAGGCAACAAGCAACCAAAGAAGAAAUGACCCAAUAAAAUAGCAAGAAAGUAGGAAAAAGAGAAAAUUAAAAACAUUUGUUUAAAAAAAAAAAAAAAAGAAAAAAGU